AUGGAAUUCAGAUCCAAGUCAUGCAGAGAUGAGAGCCUUCAGAUUGGAAGCUACAAGAAUGGAGGACGAUCAGGAAGAAGAGCAGUGCAAGAUCUGAGGUGUUACAGUGCAAAUCAUGCGGUGAAGACUGGUAAUAGUAAGAAUAAAGAAUCAAAACCUAAUUGGAAUUUGAAUGAUCCAGAGUUGCAGAGGAAGAAGAGAGUAGCUAGCUACAAGAUUUAUUCUGUUGAAGGCAAAAUGAAAGGAUCUCUUAGGAAGAGCUUCAGGUGGAUCAAGAACACAUGCUCCCAAGCUAUCCAUGGAUGGCGUGGUGAUUAA